AUGCCAUAUCUUCAAGUACUUAGCUUCUUUGAUGUUGUGUAUCCUCACAAUCUUAUCUUUAGCCUUAAGGAAAGCCGACAACGUUUGGAGACUGAGAUAGCCGAGGAACUGGAGGCACACAAAAGAAUGGCUUCAGAUCUGCGUGUUCGACUUGAGGCUGCGCAACGCGAACUGGAUGAAAAGUCAGGCCAGCUAUUGGAGCUUCGAGAUGAACUAGCAGAACUUCGAAACAUUCGGUUUAAGCGAGAGACAGAGUUAACACAAAUGCAGGCUCAGCUGAGCCAAAAACAAUCUGAGCUCACAGCUGUACAAUUAGAGAAGCAGAUGGUAAAAUCUCUGAAUAUGCUCUUGUUAAAGUAA